UCUUCCUUAGAAACAAGCUUUGUCGAAUGUUUUGACAUAUUGACGGAACCGAGAUUUUGAGCGGGAAAUAGUUUGUUUACGUUCUUUCGUUUUUACUAAACUUUGGAAGUGUUCUUUUGAUUUGAAAGAACAGUCGUUUACAGCAUUACAAUGGAGGAACUCCAUCCAGAAAUGAAUACUGAACUGGUAUGUGUAAUGGCCAGUCUUGGUUUCUCAGAAGGUGACAACUAUUUUAAGGGAGCAGACUGCUUGGAAAGCUUAAAAGAUUUAAUAAGAUUUCUUCGACGAGAAGAUGAAACAUGUAACAUACGUAGACAGAUGGGUUAUGCGAGAUUACUUCAAAAGGAUUUAAUUCCAAUUUUAAUUCAUUAUGGAGAUGAUGAUGAAAUGGUUGAUAUUGUUAUGAGGCUGUUAGUUAAUCUUACAUCACCUGCAGAUAUAUGUUUUAAUAAGCACACAGCAGAAGCGGAGGAGGGAGUAGGACGAAACAAAGUUACUCAUAAAUAUCAAACAAAAUACUUACAAGUUGUUAGCUAUCUUCAGGAUUAUAAACAGGCAUUCACUGACGAGAAAGUCCUUGCAUCUGUUGGUGCACAACUUGGUCGAAUUUUACAAAUGGACUUUGAGGAUCGUGGUGAAGACGAAACGCUUUUAUUUGAACGAAUGCUUUUAUUACUUCGUAACAUGUUACACGUACCUGCUAGUCCUAAUGAAGAGAAGAGAACUGAUGAUGACGCCUCUCUGCAUGAUCAAAUAUUAUGGAGCAUGCAUUUAAAUGGUAUUGAUGAUCUUAUAGUUUAUAUCAGCAGUUCCCCUGACGAGGAAAGAUGGGUGAUGCAUGCUAUUGAGAUAGUACAAUUAAUGUUAAGAGAAUUAACUCCAGAAAAACUUGCCCAAAGUUCCAAAAACAGAACCGAAAGUGAAAAAGCUGAAGAUACAAAAACCUUGCUGUUAGCAAGAGAAAAAGAAAAUAUUCACAAAAAAGUUGCAGGGAAAAAAAUGACCAGUUCCAGACACUCGAGAUUUGGAGGAACUUUUUGGGUGAAGAAUAUGAAAGGAGUGGGAAACAAAAAUACCCUGGUCCAGCAUCAUCAUGUUGCUUCUGUUGAUGAUAUAAGUUCUGAUCAUAAGAAAUUUAAAGCGAAAGUUCCAAAACGACGGCAAGCAGCAAAGGAGACAGUUAUUGAAAGAACAUCAACGUUAAACAUUAGGUUGUUUUUGAAAGAAUUUUGUGAAAAAUUUUUGGAAAACAGCUAUAAUCAUCUGAUGAGGAUCGUAAAGGCAAAUGUGGUGGCAAAGCGCUCUCAAGAAAAUGACGAUACCUACUAUCUUUGGAGUUUACGGUUUUUUAUGGCGUUUAAUCGAGCACAUUUCUUUAAAGUGGAAUAUGUUAGAGAAACGCUAAAUAUGGAUACAUUUCAUUACGUCCUCAAACAAAUCAACACAUACUAUGACAAUUUUUUCAUGCAUAAAAGAGGUGGAUGGGAGCCUUGGCAAAAAAGGUUGCAUUUAUCCAUACAAGCUUAUAAAGAGUUGCUGACAUACCUUUCACAUAUGGAUAAAUCUAAUGAUCAUGUUUUGAAAGAUGCUUCUUCAGUCAUGAAAAAUAAUGUGUUUUAUCAUGAAGAAUAUAGAAGUGUUUUUCUAAUGUUACUUCGGCAUUUCGAUCAAAGUAAACAAACCAAAAAAUACAUUGGCGAUUUAAUUGACACCUUUCAUGUUUUUUUAAAACUACUGGAGAUGUUUUGCAAGAAUAAAGGAACGCUUUUAGUGAAGAGUAAAAAAAGAGUGGCAAAGCGACGUCGUAAGACCAAAGCACAACAACAAGCUGCCGUUCAGAUGACUGCUGAACAAUUAGAUGAAUUAUGGGAGAAUGAACUUGCACCUAAUUUGUCAGCUUUAAUACAAGGACAUGACGCACUACCAACUGAUGUUGGUUCUCCAUUUGACAUCUCUUCGGAUGUGCCAGUAGAAGAACAAAGAAUAAAUGCAAUGAUAAACAUCCAAGAUCAUUUGAGAAAUGGUAGAUGUGGCGAAGGCGUUGCACUGUUAAGAGCUGCCAGAGAAUGUUGGCCUGAUGAAGAAAAAUUUGGUACUGAAAAUAUUCAACCUGAGAAUGAAUUUAUGAUUGUUCGUAACAUACUUUUUCAAGAAUUAGAACGACCGGCGUUUCAAGAGGAGAAUGAAGAGGAGGAAGGUAAUGAAGAGUUGGAAGAAGAGGAAGAGGAAGAAAUGCCAUCAGUACGAUCAGUGGAAAGAGAAUUUCAUCUACAGCAAUUUUUGACAUCAUUGGCGUCACCGCACAUAUUAAUACCGUACAACUAUCUCCUGAAAAGCUUCAAAACGAAUACUUCCUUCACAAAUCAUGCGAUUAUAAAAGUGAUGCAUCGUGUUGCAGUUGAUCUAAAGUAUCCAGAAAUGCUCUUUCAGUUGUCACUGUUUCUAACCUUCAAAGAGAUCUUCGAUACUCAAACGUCACAAUUUAAAGAGCUCGCCACUUUUGCAAAAUAUAUAAUAUCGAAGUUUGUGGACGCUACUACGAAGAAACCAAAUAUGUUCGUUGAAACAUUGUUUUGGAAGGGAGGUGGCGAUUGUUACCAACUUAGUGAACGAGAACCUGUUGCAAGGGAGGGUGCAUCUAACAAAGCACGUGAGAAGUGGACAUUUGAAGAUGAGGAGGAACUGAAAACUCUUUUUGAUCAAUAUAAAGAAAGCGAAGAUGUUGUUGGUGAAAUACUAAAGAGCGUUACUGAUAAAGAUCGGACGCGUAGACAGAUUACCAAUAAAUUGGUGCGACUUCGAUUGGUUGAAAAUUCAAAACAGCUCCAACAACCAAAGAAACCGAAAGCACGUGAUUGGUUAGAAGAACAAACAGAAGAACUCAAUCGUUUAUAUGAUGAAUUUAAACCAAGUGAUGAUCCAGUUGGAAAUAUCAUGAAUGCAUUGACGUUUAAUAAAUCAAAAAACGCAAUUAUAAAACAGCUUCUUGCAACUGGUAAGGUUUCUGAUCGAAAGGAACUACACAAGAAGAGAAGAAAAAAGAAUCGUGAAUUCAAAGAAUUAGUGAACAAUGAAAAAGAGGUGGAUUCGGACAGUGAUAGCAGCAGCAGUAGUGGUAGUAACGAUGACAGUGAUCAAGAAGACAAUGAAAUGCCAGUUGAAAAAGAAGCAAGUCAUUCACGCUCAUUAAAUAUUUCUGAAGAAUCUGAAGAAGAUGAGACUUUAUCUAAUCUGACAACUCUUGUCGACCUUUCAAAACAUGUAAAAGAAAAUGGAUACAGUCAGCAAAUUAUAUGGCUGCAAACGAGGCUGAGGCGAGCUGCAGAAGGGCGGGAAGAAGACAGCGAUUGGUACGCGGUGCCAUUACUAACUAUGACAGAAGAAGAUGAAAAUGCAUUACAUGACAAAUUCUUUAGGAAGUUAUUAAAAAUGAUCGGAGUGAAACCACCAGAAGACGAACAGGAAGCAUUUUGGAGGAUUCCUGACAAUUUAAGUCCUGAUAAUCUAAGGAAGUUUGCUGAUGAAUUAGACAACAAAACAACUACAGAUACUACCAACAACACUUCCCCGGCUCCGCAAGACGUUACAAAAGGAGAUGUGAAAAAAGAUAAGAAUGAAAAUACUUCAGCGUCGCCUCGCAAAACAUCAUCAAAAAACGCAAGGAAAGAGAAGUUAAAACUUUUGAUGGAAAAAAGAAGAGAAGAAAAACUUCAAGAAGAUAAGUCAAGAAAAGAAAGAAGAAACGAUCGAGACACCAAACAAAAGAAAAACAAAGAAAUAAUUUCUAAAAAGAAGGUGGCAGAGAAAAAAACAUGGGAUAGUUCUUCCAGCGACGAUGAUAAUUUAAUUAUUUCUGAACGUGAAAAUUCGAAUACUAAAAGAAUGUCACGUGGUUUAGCCUUCCUUGAUUCUGACGAUGAAAGUGAUGAUGAUGCGAGUUUAGGCGCGAAGAAAAAUUUAUUUGUAGAUGACACAAACAAAGUUGAGAACGAACAGAAUGAAGACAUGCCAGUUAACAAAGAUGAUUCGAAAGGUGUCAAAAGAGGACGUCAAAUAUCUGACAGUGAUGAUGAUGAGGAUCAACCAGUGGCAAGUAAGAAGAAGAAAAAGAAAAGAAUUGUUGAAGAAGAAGAAGAGGUUGAAAAUGAAACACAAGAUGUCGAUGACAGUAUACCGUUGAGAGUUCUUCUCGCUCAAUCUGUAAAUACAACUGAUGACGCUAUAGAGAAAAUAAAAGGAGAUCAAGACAUUUCUAAUGUCACUACUAAACUUGAUCACUCAAUGGAGACAGGUGGAGAAAGUUUGGAACACGAAGAGUCAGCGCUAAAUUUUAGUUUGCGAAUUUCUGAUGAUGAAGAUGUUAUUAGGUAGAAAAAUUGCCUAAAUAUAUAUUUAAGACAGUACCCCAUCAAAUUAAUCACAAACUGGCACCUGUUGGUAUUUAUAGAUAUGAUUUUCUAUAUACGAAUCAGACAAUUUCAAAACAAACGGAAACUUGAAAAAUGUCUGCGCCGUGACCUGAUGGUGUUCAUUUGUAACCACAGCAAUGUUUUUGAAUACCUGACGUGAUAUUAUGACUGCUCGCUAAAUCGGACACCAAAGCGCGGAUGUUUUAAAUCGUUGUUAUUCCGUGAUUAUCAACAAAAUGCAACACAAGGGGAUAUAAUAGCCCGGUUUAGAAUUAUCGAGAUUAGUUGACCUGACACUACUUUUUGUAUUUUACCUGUGAGUAUAUGACAAAAAAUUACUUAUAAUUUUUUUGUAAUUGACGCUAAUGUAAUGACAUUAAAAAUCAAGGCACAUUAAUAUUUUUUUCUUAAUUUUUA